CAGUAAAUUAGACAGAUUAACUUUAAGGGGGAGUAUUAGUUUUUUUUUCCAUGCGAUUUAGUGAGUUGUUAGGGAGUAAAUUAAACUGGUUUUAACAAGUUGCUAAUCCGAAUCAGUUAAUUUGUGUCAUCCAAAUGAAUCAAAUUGUUUUACUUGAUUUCUGAAUUUUUUGCUAUUCUAUUCACCUUGUUUUCCUUUUCUCUCUCUCUCUCUACCUGUCUAUCUAUCUGUCUCUUUCUCAUACUUACGUUAUUCCAAAUUCAAUACAAUAUUUUCGACAAAUUGUUCUAAUCAACUGAAAAUUCAUCACAUUACAAUUACAGUGGAUUUUGUGCUUAAUUUACGUUCUUUUCUUCCUGGUCAUUAAUUGUCCCCCUUCUUCUUGUCCUCAUAGAGUGUUGGCUCUUUUUCUCUCUCUCUCUCUCUAUCUUUCUUUCUCUCUUUCUUUCUUUCUUUCUUUCUGUGUGUGUAUUUAUCAUUUGAAAAAGGAACAAGAAGAGAGAAAGAGAGAGAAGUGAUUUCUUUUUCCUUCUCCAUUUUUCCUUAUCAUUUCACCUUUAAUGGCUAAUGAGCUAAUAACCAAAUCGGAUAAGAAUAUACUUGACUCCUCGAAUUGUGUAUCACUUUCAUCCAUCUUGGAAUCAUUCAAUGCACCGAUCAAUGAGGAACAGUGUUGGGCUUUAUGCCAUCAAACAGUUAAAACCGUUUCACGUCUCAAUGACAAACGUCCUCUUUACCUGCUCAAUGGUCCAGCCAACCUUUACAUCAACAAAGAAGGCUUUGUCCAUGAGAAAUCGUUCACCGAAUCAGCCAACAGAGUAAAUGCCAUUAUCACGAGCGAACCUGGUAACUUGUUUGCCUCCAUUGGAACAACUCUUUUCCUUGCCUUAGAUUAUGGAUUAGAAUCUCAAGAAGAGCGAUCUUUAGAUGCAAAUUUAGAACUUUUAAUUGACCGGUUAACAUGUUCACAAAUGGAGGAUAAAGAAUCAAAUGAUGAAGGUAUUGAAAGAGAUUCACCUGAAUAUGAGUUUGGACCCAAUGCCAUCGAUGGAUCAAAUUUGGUUGAACAGAUACUCAGUUUAUGUAAUAAUCGUUUGGGUUCCGCUGAAGCAGCUGAAGCCCAUUAUCGAGCUGUUUGUCGAGCACUGGUUGCCGAAGCAAUGGAAUUAUCUUCAUUUCUUCAUAAAAUUACCUCAUUUACAUCAGAACUUAAAAAUGUCAACAUUUCCAUGUCAGGAGGUUCAUCUCAUUCUUAUCCUCAUUCUCCUUCACAUUAUUCUCAUCAUAAACACCAACACCAUCAACAACAACAACACCAACACCAACAUCAACAAUAUUACCAUAAUCAUCAUCAUUCUCAUUCCAGUAAUUGUACAGAUUCAAGCGGAGCUGUGAUCUCUAUUGCAAAUUUAGGAUUAGCUGAUUGGGCUCGUCUUUGGAUGCAAGUGAUACAAGAAUUGAGACAAGAUGUUAAAUUGAAAAAAGUUCAUCUAACUGAGAAACCAUCAUUUGAAUUUGAAUUAACGCCUUUCGAAAUGCUGCUGGAUGAUAUAAGAUCUCGUCGUUACAAGUUAAAUAAGGUUAUAGUCAAUGAAAGUGCACCUUCAAGAGUACCUAAAAAUGCUCAUGAUAUUAUACUUGAAUUUAUAAGAUCUCGACCACCUCUAGUCCCAGCAUCUAAACGGAAAUUACCUCCACCUCCGGUUCGUGAGCCAAGUUUAUUUGAAAAGUUGCUCAACUCAAUAAGGCAACAGCCAAAGUUAAAAGUGACUCCAGAGGAAGCCAUUAACAAACGAACCUCAACAAUAAGAUUAGGCCGUGUACUAGAAACGCCGUUAACGGAUUAAUCGAAAAUGAGAAAAGUUCUAUUCUAUUCUAUUCUAUUUUUUUUUUGGGAGAUUGUAAUGAUUAUAUAUACGAUGAAAACGUUAAAAAAAACUCACCAACAACACAAUUUAUUAAUCAUUUAACUCUUUCUUUCACCAUCACCAUCAUCAUCAUCAAUUACACAAAUGAAUCUCAAUUCAGUUGAAAACCUUUUUUAAUAGUUGAUCGAUUUUCAGGUUUACACCAAACCUUUUUCAUUAUAUUCGAACUGUUCUUGUCUAUCACCCCCUCAACCACCACCAAAACAACAACAACAACAACAUCUACAUCUACAUCACCUCCUCCUCCUCCUCUUCCUUAACCUUUUGACGACCUCCUUAUCAUCCUACAUGAACAUCAUCAUCUUCAUCAUCUUCAAAUCGACUUGAUGAAAAAGUUUAUCGUAAACAAAGUGAAUCAAAUUUUUUUCAUCGAUAUGAAUGAAAAACUAAUGAUAAUAAUCAUCGAGAUGAUGAGGAUGAUAAAGGGAAGGGCUAUUUUUGCUCUCUCUCUCUCUCACUUGAUCAUCUUGAUCAUCUGAUUUUCAUCAUUUUUUUCACUUUUAUUUGUCUUUAAUUUUUUUCUCCUUCCAAUAUUAUUUAAGGUUUUUCCAAGUUAAUGAUGUGUUUCCUUAACCAUCACAAUCAAAUUGAUGAUGAUGAUGAUGAUUUUGGUUUGAUGAUGAACAGUAUUGAUUUCUGAUUUGAUUGUGAUGAUUAUUAUUAUUUAACAGCCUCGAUUUUAUCAAUGACCAUCUAAUCCCAAUGAACAAUUUAAAUAAUAUAUGAUAAAACAUUCAAUUGAUUGUAAUAGUGUUACAAUCAAAAGUUGUACUUCUCAAAUGUUUUUUUUUAUUCCACAACAAUUUAAUCCCGUUAUUUUUAAUCAUAAUUAUAAUGACAUCAUAAUCAACAACAAUAAUAAUCACCUAACAUUAAAACCGUUUAAGAAAUAGGCCUUCAA